AUGAUGGCUCCCGAGACAGUGGUGACCGUGGACCCCAACAAGCCUACUCCGCAACAAACGCCUCCGCAGCAGCAAGGCGGACCGCUGGACUGGAUCAAAAUCAACAUAGAUUACUUUAAAUCUCCCCCCGGUAUAUUAAAAGUUGUUGAAUUGAUCUUAGGCAUCUUUUGCAUGGCGUUGGGUUCGCCAUGGGCAUCCUCGUGGUACGUUUUUGUUGCGGUCACAUCCUUCAUCACCACACUAAUGUGGAGUUUUGUCUACUUGCUUAGCAUCAGAGAGGCGUUGAAGCUUCCCAUCAAUUGGGUUUUAUCCGAAUUGAUCAGUACGACCUUCGAGACGUUCUUCUUUUUAAUCGCCUUCAUAGUGAUGUUCACGGCGGUGUACGGAUCUUACGCGAACAACGUCGCUGCAGCUGUGUUUGGUUUAUUCAACACCAUCGCAUACGCAGGCAGUUCUUACCUGCUGUUCAAAGAGCACAGAGCCAGCUUAGCGGUGUCAUCGUGA